AUGACUUCCAAAUCUGUUCUCUUGGUUCUUCUCGGUGUUCUUAUUUGCACCACCACAGCGAGAAAGCUAGUUGGCUCAAACGGUUCUUUCGAUGAUGCAAAAUUCAUUUUUGAUCAUUUAGGAGGUGGCGGUGGGGGUGAGGGUGGAGGUGGAGGAACAGGGGGUGGUUCUGGUUUUGGAGAAGGAUUUGGAGGUGGUGCUCAAGGAGGAGAAGGAGAUUUUGGUGGCGGAGGCAGUGGCAGUGGUGGAGGUGGAUUGGGUGGAGGAUUUGGAUUUGGUGCAGGAUACGGUGGUGGGAUAGCACAAGCAGCCGUGGAAGAAUUCAUGGUGUAA